AUGUUUUCCAAGUCGAUUCUUACGGCCGCUGCUCUUUUGGGCAUCUCCGCCGUUGAAGCACACAUGAUCAUGACUGAGCCCAUUCCCUAUGGAAAGGAUACCCUCAACAACUCGCCUCUGGCAGCCGAUGGCAGCGACUUUCCUUGCAAGCUGCGCUCCAACACCUACGAGGUCAGCGAGUGGAAUACCGCCCAGAUCGGGGAGAGCAUGCCUUUGACCUUUGAGGGUUCCGCCACCCAUGGUGGUGGCUCCUGCCAAGUCAGUCUGACCACCGAUCUGCAGCCUAACAAGGACUCCGAAUGGAUGGUCAUCAAGUCUAUCGAGGGUGGCUGCCCCGCCAACGUGGACGGAAACCUUUCCGGUGGUGCUUCCAUGGCCGACCCUACCAAGUUCAACUACACCAUUCCGGACGGCAUUAGCCCCGGCAAGUACACGCUCGCCUGGACUUGGUUCAACCGCAUCGGAAACCGUGAGAUGUACAUGAACUGUGCACCCCUCGAGGUCCAGAGCGCUUCUUCUUCUAAGCGGUCCGAUGUUGAGGAAAAGCGCGAUGUUGAGAAGCGCUCUUCCACCUUCCCUCCCAUGUUUGUCGCCAACGUCAACGGCUGCACCACCUCCGAAGGUGUCGACAUCCGAUUCCCGCAGCCCGGUGACGACAUCCAAUACAACGGCGAGCCUAGCAACCUGGCUUCCGCUGGUGCCGCCGCCUGUACCGGUACUCCCACUUUUGCUGCCGCUGGUGACAGCAGCACUGGCUCCUACUCUGGUUCUGGCUCCAGCUCUGGUUCUGGCUCUGGCUCUGGUUCUGGCUCUGGCUCCGCCAGUUCUUCGGCCGCUGCUGUUGUUACUUCUGCCCCAGCCGCCACCUACACUGCUCCUGCGGUUGCGAACACUCCUGCACCCAGCUCUGGCAGCAGCGGCUCCAGCUCUGGUUCUGGUUCUGGCUCCGGUUCUGUCUCUGUCUCCAUCUCUGUCUCCAGCCCUCAACCCAGCUCUAGCUCCAGCUCCAGCUCUGGUGCGCUCUCUGGAUCUUGCAGCGUGGAGGGCGAGUGGAACUGCAUCAAUGGCUCGUCUUUCCAGCGCUGCGCCAGCGGCAAGUGGACCGCUGUUCAGAAUGUGGCUGCGGGUACCCAGUGCACUGCUGGACAGAGCUCCAACUUGGCCAUUUCCGCCAUCAAGUUGAAGCCCCGUACCGUUAGGGAGGGCCGCGCCAGACGCCACGCUCACGGUGGACAUGUGCACGCUUGA